AUGGAAGGAAGUUCAAGUCAGAACGGAAGUUCUUCUUGCAAUACUAUUCCAGAAAUUCACGACUCUGUUUUUUCAUAUAAAACGAUUUCGCAUGAAAACUUCUUCAAUAAUAGUAUUCUUUUAAAAUUAAAAGAGAAUGGAUUUACAACUCCCGAUGAAAAGGCAGAAGAACUUAUUAAGAGACUGACCAACAUAAAAUAUUUAUAUGCAUUAAAAUUACUUUUUGAAAAUUUACAAAAUGAAUUUUCACCUCAAAUUCUCCGAGAUACUUUGGUUGCCUUGGCGGAUCCGACCCCAUUCGAAUUUUAUGCAAAACAAAAAAUUCAUCGUAAAACGACUCAAGUUUUUGAAAUAGGAGUUGAUAAUAAUUUUAAAUCAAAUUUUAACCAAUUUAACCAACAAAACAACAAUCAAGAUGACCAAAUUAUCACCAAAAAGCGUAAUUAUAACAUUGACUUCUUAUUAAUCCACUUACGAGACACAUUACAUAGUUUGCGUGAUGAUGAAACUUUGUUUCAAGAAAUUAUACGAAGAGUUAAAAAAUUGCUUAAAACUGCAUUGAAUAUCACACCAGGAAUUUUAACAACAAUAACAGGAACUAAUCUUCCAAGUGAUUGUUCAAUCUUAUCAAUGCUUAAUCAAGUUCGUGAAAGUUUAAGUUUUAAAUAUCCUGUAGCAUCUUAUUAUGUUGAUUGGAGAAUUAUGUUGAUAAUUCAACAUAAUCUUUUUACCUGGUCUGAAGGUACUGAAAUGAUAAUUAGUAAAAAAUUCUGUGAAUUGGUAUUAAUGGAAUAUCUUUGGAGCUUUUUGGAAAGGGAAUGGAUUGAUGUAACUAAUAAAUCUAUUUUAGAUUCUCAAACAAAAUUUGAUGAAGUAUCAAAUAAAGUUACUAAAGCUUUAAAAAAUACUGGAUAUUUCAUGAAUGAUCUCGCUGGAAAUGAACCUAUUGCAUUACCACAUACCUUAUGGUUUGGAAUAUUGGAUCUUGCACAAAACCUUAUUCAAAAGUCUACUCGAACUGCUACACAUGGUCUUUGUUAUUAUUUAGCAAUUGAAUCACUUAAUAAAGCUCCAAGUAGUUUCAUUCAAUUUAAAGCAGUUGAAAUAUUAUUACAUUUACAUAAUAUUGAUAGUAAAAUGUUUUCAAUGAUUGAUGAUGAUUUUGAUCAAUAUAUAAAAAAAUUAAAAGAAAUUAAAUCAUCAGAUUUUUCAGAAAAAUUUCAAAAUUUGUUAUUAUUUAUUAAAGAAAAAUACGUUGAAGACUUAAAGAUUUUAAGUGAAAAUAUUGGAAAAGAAAAGAAAGGAAAAGGAAAAGGAAAAAGUAUAAAUCAAAAUUCAUAUUUAAAGAGAGAACAAAUAUCAAAUUCUAAUGUUAUAGAUAUUAUAGCAGAUGAAAUGACUUGUCCAGUUAGUAGUGAACCAGAGGAUCAAUUAUGUAUUUUAAAAUGUCAACAUACAUUAUCAUUAAAUAAUUUAAAAUUAUUAAAACAAAAAAUAUGUCCUAAAUGUCGAGAAAAAAUUGAAGAAAACGACAUCAGAUAUCUACCACAAAGUUCUAUAUUUAAAAAUUUAUAUACUAAAUUUUCUGAAUCUGGUCAUAUUAUGAUACCUCCAAUUAAAUUAGAAAAUUCUGAUCAAAUAUAUGAUAGUGAUGAUUCAGAUAAUUCAGAAGCUGAUCUUAUAUUAGCUAAAAAGAAGAAAUCUAUAAAUUCAAUUAUUAAAUUAAAUUCAAAUAUAUCAUUAUCAUCAAUACUUCCAAAAUUUUCAAAAAAACAACAUCCAACAUAUCAAAAUAUUAUAAAAGAAGUAAAUGAAAAACAUUAUGAAAAAGCUGAAUCAUUGUGCAAAGAAUUUUUAAUUUUUUUUUCUAAAAGUUAUUCUUUAAGAUGCAUUAUAGGUUAUAUUUAUAGGUGUCUUAAAAAUUAUGAACAAGCACACUUCUAUUUGAAAGAAGCCAUUAAUUUAAAACCAAAACAACCAAUUGCUUAUUUAAUUUGUGGAGAAAUAUUUUUUUGGCAAUGUAACUAUAAAGAAGCAAUAAAUAAUUUACAAAAAUCAAUAGAUUAUAAGGCUAAAAUAAAUAACUUAUAUAUAAUACUUGGAAAUAGUUUCUUAUUUAGUGAAGAUUAUUAUAUUGCAUGUGUUUGUUAUAAUUUUGCAUUAAAAAAUAAUUCAGAUAAUUAUUUAUGUUUUAAGAAUAAUGCAUGUAGCUAUGAAAAGAGGCAUAUGUAUUCAGAAGCUUUAAAUAUGUUAGAUAAACUGCUGAAUAUCAACAAGGAUAAUUCUUUAAUUUUAUGUUAUUAUGGAGAAAUUUUAUGUAAUAUGAAACAAUAUAGUAAAGCUAUAUCAUAUUUUACAAAAGCAAAUAUUAUUGAUCCAGAAAAUACUCAUAAUUUAAAUAAGAGAGCUAUUGGAUAUUAUAUUCUUCAAGAUUAUAAUAAAGUUUUAUUAGAUCUUGAUAAAGUUAUACAAUUAGAUCCAUUAAAUAAUUUAGCAUAUUAUCUCAAGUGUCUAAUUUAUUAUACAAAAAAAGAUAUUGAUAAUGCUAUAAUGGUAUUUGAAAAGUGUAAAGAAUUAUUAGAUCUUAAUGAUAUAAAAGCAAAAACUCUACUAUUUCAUCUGGAAUAUUUACUGAAUAAAAAUAAUUCUACAGAAUUAAAUAAUAUAUUAACAAAAAUUAACCAAAUUUCUAAUAUUAAAGAUAGUGAAUUACUACUUUUUGUUAGAUGCAAAGUAUAUGUAGAAUUAAAAAUGUAUCAUGAAGCAAUGUUAGACUUGAACUUGUUAUAUGAUAAAAAUGAUAUUUAUUAUCUAUAUAUUUCAUAUAUUUCAUAUAUUUAUUUAUUACGAGAAUACACAGAUUUUUGGUUAUAUUUAAAUGUUAAUAACAAUAAUGAUCUUUCUGAACUUGGAAUUGUUAAUGGAUUUAGUAAACACAUGUAUGAAAUAUCACAAGUUUAUUUUAUAUCAAAUCUGGUAAAUUUAAAUAGCGAACUUUAUCAACUUCAAGAAAAUGACAUAAAUAGAUUUUCAAAAAUUGUGGCAAUUUUUUAA